AUGCUUAAUCUUCAUCCAAACAUAGUAUACGGAGAAGAGUACAAUACUAUUGCACCUGGGUUCCAUCCAAUGGGUGGUGAAAUUGGUCCCUCCUUAGUUGAUUUGCAACAUUUGAGGUUACAAGUUCUCAAUCUUGAUAUUGACAAUUAUGGUCUCAUGAUUGAUAACAAUCUUGAAUGGCUUUCUCAUCUCUCUUCCCUAAAAAUCUUUAAACUGAGUAACACCAAUUUCACCAAAGCCACAAAUUGGUUUCAAUCCAUUAAAACUGCUCCCUCUUUGUCAAGUUUAAGAUUAUAUAAUUGUCUUUUUCCGACAAUAGAUGUCAUCAACAAAAGCUCUUCAAAUUCUCUCACAAAACUUGACAUUGUAUACAAUACCAUACAUCCUAAGACAAUUCCAUGGUUGCUCAAUAUAAGUAGCAAUCUCGUUAGUUUGACCUUUUGGGGAAAUGAAGUAAGAGGUCCACUUCCAAAUUGUUUUCAAAACAUAAGAACUCUUGCACACAUUGACCUGUCAUACAAUGAAUUUGUUGGUGGAAUACCAAAAUCAUUGGGAAGUCUUUGCAAUCUUCAAGAGCUCUCUCUGUCAGAGAAUAAUUUCAAUACAACACUUUCGGAUGUUUUAGAAAGCCUUAGAGGUUGUGCUAAAGAUUCUUUAGAAAUAUUGGAUUUAAGAUCAAACCAAUUAAAAGGAUCCUUUCCAAUUUCGAAAGCAUUUCCGGUCUUUCUAAAAGAAUUAAGCCUUUAUGAUGAUCAAUUAGAAGGACCGUUGCUGCAUCUUUCAAAAUUUUCAUCCCUAAGAUUGUUGGAUGUCUCUUACAAUAAGCUUAAUGGUACCUUACCGGAUGAUAUUGGCAAGCUUCAUCAUCUUAAGAUUUUGUUUCUCAAAUGGAACUCUUUCACUGGUACUUUAACUGAAGCUAUUGGUGAGCUCCAACAUCUUGAGAAUUUAGAUGUCUCUUCAAACGCUUUCACGGGACUUGUCACUGAAGUUCACUUUAAAAGACUUUCCAACUUGAAAAGGCUUUCUUUUUUGGAUAACCCCUUAACAUUGACCUUCAACUCUACUUGGGUUCCACCAUUUCAACUAGUUGAUGUACUAUUGGGGUCAUGCAAGUUAGGUCCACAAUUUCCUGCUUGGCUCAAAACCCAAAAAAAACUCUCCUUACUUGACAUUUCUAAUGCUCAAAUUUAUGAUAAGAUUCCAAAUUGGUUUUCUAAUCAGAUUUUUGAGUUGAAGAUUCUAAAUCUGUCUUCAAAUGAAUUAUAUGGUCCUAUUCCAACUUAUCUAUCAAAUGUGAAGACAUUGUUUCUCUCUAAUAAUAUGCUUCAUAGUCUAAGGACUUUUCUUUGUGAACCAGUACAUGGGUCAAUAGAAAUUCUUCACAUUUCAAAUAACAUGUUGAAUGGAAGCCUUCUCGAUUGUCAUUUGAAUUUAAAGAAUCUGACUGUUCUGAAAUUAGAUAACAACAAUUUCUUUGGAGAAAUUCCAAGAUCAAUCGGUUUGUUACAUGGAAUUCAAUAUUUGCUUUUGGGGCACAAUAAUUUCUUUGGAAAUCUUCCUUCAUCCUUACAAAAUUGUACGCAACUUAAGGUUCUUGAUGUCGAGGAUAAUAAUCUUGAAGGAAAUAUACCAACUUGGAUUGGGAAAAGACUAACAAAUUUGAUUUUCUUUCGACUAAAAUCAAAUAAUCUUUUUGGAGCCAUACCAUCAAAUCUAUGCCAUCUUCAAUCUGUUCAAAUAUUUGACAUUUCCAUGAAUAAUAUAGGUGGACAUAUUCCUUCAUGCAUAAAAAAUUUCUCCUCGAUGAUAGAUAAAAGAGACAUUUUUCAAGUAAGUAACAUGCAGAUACAUGUUAACUUAGAUGAUAAUAUUGGUCUAAACUAUGAGAUGGAUACAUUUAUUAUGUGGAAAGGAGUCAACCGCCAAUUCAAAGAGAUUCUGAGAUUAAUAAAUCUAAUUAAUCUAUCAAGUAAUAAAUUGAAUGGAAAAAUUCCCGAGGAGUUAACAAAUCUUGUUGAAUUGAUUGAACUGAACAUUUCGAAGAAUAAUUUGAGUGGAGCUAUCCCAGCGAAUAUUGGGAACUUGAAGAAGUUACAGAAAGGAAAAAUUCCUAUUGGCACUCAACUACAAAGUUUUGAUGCUUUGAUGUACAUCGAUAAUGAUGGAUUGUGUGGACGUCCACUGGCGAAUUCAUGUCUUGGCGAUGAGUCACCAAAUUAUCAUCAAGAUCAUUCAAGUUUUGUUGAAGAUGAAGAAUGGUUUGACAUGUCAGGGCUUCAUAUGGGAAUUGGAGUUGGAUUUGUAGUCGGAUUUGCUGGAAUUUGUGAAAUCUAUUAUGAAAAGCUUAUUCAUCAACUGGUGGUGUCUAUCAAAUGUCACAAGGUGGAGGUUUGCAUUUCAAGUAGUACUAAUGGAUACUCCUCCAUGAAGUUCAUCAAUUACAAUGGCUCUGAAAUUCUCUUCUUUUUGUAA